CUAUUAAUACUCAUGCUCAAAGUCAGUGACUCAAAUUUGUGACACUCUCUUUGUCUCUGUCUCUCUGAACAUUUACCUUUCUGGAAUGGGGAGAAAAUCUUCAUUGCAACUAAGUAUUCUUUGCUUCAAUAUUGUCCUGUUAUUGUUGGCAUGGUCAAGAGUGAAAAGAAGCCACUGCUUAGUGCCACAACAAAAGUCUGUUAUGAGCAUAGGUGUUGUGCUUGAUUUGGUUUCAUUAAUGGGAAAACAUCAAAAGAUAGCAAUGGAAAUUGCAGUCAAAGAGUUCAACAACCAAUUGAGUUCGUCCAAGCUGGAUUUGCAGAUAAAAGAUUCACAUGGCAAUUCUGCACAAGUUAUUUCAAGUGUUAUGGAUCUCUCACGGAGCGACCAGGUGCUGGCCAUCGUAGGAACGAUUACACACAAAGAAGCAACACUUGCUAGUGAAUUCGACGACAACAUAAAGAACAAUCCUAUCUUGUCUCUAACUUCAUUUGCUGGCAGACAAGAAUUAUUAUCUCCUAGAUUGCCACAUUUCAUCCAACUCAGAGAUGAUAUUAACCAUCACAUCCAAUGCAUUGCAGCAAUUGUAGGAGAAUUCAGAUGGAAAAAGGUGGCAGUAAUUUAUGAACAUAAUAAUGACGACUUUUCCUCUGAUCCAGAAAUAAUACUUAGCCUCUCCAAUUCUCUUAAACUUGCUGGUUCUGAAAUUGAAAGCCAUUUAGCUAUUCCUUCUUUAUCCACACUUUCAGACGCAGAAUCUACAAUUGAAAAUGAGCUUAAUGAGUUGAAAAGGAAGAGUAAUAGGGUCUUCUUGAUUGUUCGUUCUUCUUUAGAGUUGGCUAAUAUUAUUUGUGAGAAAGCAAAACAAAUAGGUUUGAUGGAAAAAGGUUCGGUGUGGAUUAUCCCGGACGAGGUUGCUGGCCUACUUGAUUCAGUUAACUCUUCUGUUAUCUUCAACAUGCAAGGUGUUGUUGGAUUUAGAACACACUUCAUAGAAAUGAAUAAGGCUUUCAGAAAGUUUAAAUUCCUAUUCCAAAGAAAGUUUGCACUAGAAUACCCUGAAGAAGAUAGCGUUAACCCAAGUAACUUUGCACUUCAAGCAUAUUAUGCAACUAAAGCUAUUGCUGAAGCUGCAAAUAAAUUAUCACAAGUAAAGUUCAGACUUGAACAAUUCUCAGAAAAGAUUUUGUCUAGUAAAUUUGAAAGACUGAGCGCAAAGACUUUCUCCAAGAAUGGACGAUUUCUCCAAUCACCAACCUUCAACAUAAUUAAUGUGAUUGGGAAAAGUUAUAGAGAAUUGGGAUUUUGGUCUUCAACACUUGGUUUUUCAAAGAACAUAGUGAGACAUCAAGUAAUGGAGACGACAAACGCAACUCAUGAUUCUGAUGGAGUUUUCAGCACAGUUUAUUGGCCUGGAGAUUUACAAUCUGUUCCCAGGGGAUGGAUUCACGGUAACGAGGAAAGGUUAUUGAAAAUAGGAGUGCCUGCCAAUGGUGUCUUUACUCAAUUUGUGAAUGUAACACAUGACAGUAGGAAUGGAACUUUGAUAACUGGUUUCUCUAUCGGAGUCUUUAAAGUUGUUGUCGAACGUUUACCUUAUUAUUUACAGUACAGUUUUAUUCCGUUCAAUGGCUCAUACGAUGAAAUGGUUUAUCAGGUCUACAAUAAGACAUUGGAUGCUGCAGUUGGUGACACAGCCAUAGUGGAAUACAAGUAAAACCAUCGGUGUUAGAUAUCCAGACUCUUAACGAAAGAAAUUCACCAGUCGGGUGUAAUGGAAAU